CUACGGAAUACGGAGUAAUAAAUAACAAAAGUUUUUUGGGUCAAUUGGAUGAGAGGGGGACUAGGGAGAACCAUUAUUUUUUUUUCGUGUUUUGCAGCUCAUUUCCUUAUUUCCGAUUUUCCGGUAUAACAUGCCGCGGCGAAGCCAGCACUGGUCGCAGCGCGCGGCGCAAUUGAGAAACUGAUAAAGCUUCAAAUACAAUCACUCGAAUCCAUUCGCCGCUCUCUUCUUCGACAUCACUCUCCGCCGAUAUGGAAGAAAAUGCUCAACGCUCUCCACAGAUAGUCUCUCCUGUUGAAGUUGUUGAUGCAAAGUACAUUGCAAAACUCAGUACCAUUCUCGUUGCCACAAUCCAGGAAGCAAAAGACAGGAUAUCUCAGAUAGAAUAUAUAUUCUGCAGUCAACUUUUCCCGAAUUUCCAGUCAAUGUCUAAAAGUGUGCAACAAAUAUUUAUGGAGGCAAAGGAUGCUGCUGAAGCAGCAUGGAAAGAAAAAGAACAUGACCUAUUGGUCCAAAUGGAAAAGAACCUGGCUGCAAAGCAGCAAAUUCUUGAAGAAAACCUGGCUCUGAAGUCAGAGAAUGCGAAGCUAUUGGAUGAUGAUUUUUUAUGGAAAGAGCAUUUCAAAGAGCUUCAAGAAAAGAUAGAUCACAGAAGCAUUGAACUGAAUAAUUUAAGGGCAGCAUAUGAAGAGUUAGGUAAGCUUUGUGAAUCAAAAGAUUCACAAAUCCACAAAUAUGAAGACAUGCUGAAAGAACUAGAACACAAAAAUGUUCGUCUUUCAGAGACACAACAAAAUCUGGAGCUUGAAGUUCAGGGAUUACAGAUUGAACUCAAGAAGAAAUCAAGAGAAAUUGAUGGAGAAUUAGAAUUGCAACAGAAGCUAGUUCAGAUGGCUCAAGAGAAAGCUACUUCCGUGGCAUACAAAGAAAGUCAACUGAAGAAAUGUGAAGAGAAGAUAGAAAAGCUUCUUGCCAAACUUGAAGAAGCACAGAGAAAGAUUGGAAACCUUCAAGAUGAACUGACAGAAAAGAACACUGCAAUGGAAAAAUCAUUGGAGGUACAAGAAAAUUUAAUUAAAGAAGUUCAAUCCAAGGACCUGGAGAAUGAACAAAUAUUGAGUAGAUUUCAUGGUGAGAAAGAAGUAUUUGUGGCAAAAGUAAAGAAUUUGGAAAGUCAUGUUGAUGAGCUUCAGGUAGAAUUCAGGAAGAAAAAUGUUGAAGUUGAGGAGGGAAGGAAAUCACAAGAACAGCUGCUCAAACAGAUUGAUUUAUACUGCCUAGAAAGAUCCAAGACAGGGAAGAAGUUAGAAGAGCUUGAGAAGGAGAAGAACCAACUGCUUGCCAAAGUAAAAGAUGUUAAGGAGAAAAGUGAAGAGCUCCAAGCAAAUAUUCAAGAGAGAAGCAAUGAAUCUUCUGAGGGAUUGAAGUUACAUGGGAAGUUACUUCAGCAAAUUAAAGCAAAAGACUCAGAGCUGUUGUCGGCAAAGAGUAAAAUUAAGGAAAUCAGUCGUGCUUAUAAGAGUUUGAAAUCUCAGUACAGUUUUGUUUGCGCAAAAGCAGGUCUUACACCAGAAAACAUGAAAACCAAAACCAAACCUGGAGAAGAAAGUGAAUUGAGGAAUAACCAAAGUCAUCUAAUUAAAAACGAUGUCGAGACUGGAGUUCCAAAACCUAAGAGCAUUUCAUGUGAAGGGCCAAAGCUUGAGAAUAUCGUUGAAAAAACAGGAAAUGGUGUAGUUGUCAAAUCAGUUCAAAGAUUAAGUUCUGUAACACCUCUUACUGGAAACACUUCUAUAGCCCCUAAAGAGCCCCUGCACGUGAAGUCUUGCCUGCCAGCUGGCACAAAGCGUCGUGGAUCUUAUUGGAGAGAUACUAGGUCCCAUCAAAGCCGAGUUGGACCAGAUCCUCAUGAUGAUUUUCUUGAUACACCCUUGGAGAAUGUUAGAAGACAUCCAGGAAAUGCCACGAGGGAUGAUGAUAUUCCAAAUCUUCCAAAGGAAGCUCCUCAAGUCAGAGAUCCUGAAAACUCAGAUGAUGAAACACAAGACAUGAAUAUUGAUCAGAAGAAUCCUCAAAAGAAACAAGUUCCAUCUUUAAGGCCCGGGUCAUCAGGGGUCAAAUACAUUGAACCCGUUCGGAAAAAAUCUGAAAGGGAAAAAUUGAAAGGGAUUGAAUGCAAGCAGUGCAAAAAGUUCUACGAUGUUGUGCUUCCUUCUGAUGGUAAGGACUUGGGUGCAAAUACACACAACUUACGGUGCGAGCACCAUGAUGGGGUAUCUAGGCAUCGAUAUCGGUACGUCCCUCCUUCCACCCCCGAAGGGUUUUGGAACAUAGGUUUUGAAACAGAAUUGUAACUUCUUUUGGUUUGGGUGUCCAUUUUCAUUUCUUAUUGUGCAAUAAAAUAGGAAAACAAACUGAAAAUUGUAGACGAUAUAUAGAUUUGUUCAUGAUUUAAAGAAAAACGCAGUAUAAAAGAGGGAUUGGCAU